UCAUUUGUGUUGUAACGUGGGCUAAGGUCAAACACAGGCGGUUUAAAUUAGUUAACACAGCUUUUUAGGUAAGACAGCUUGCUGUUUGGUUAAAUAUCCAUAAAUACGUUUAUUAACUGACGGAAACAAACAGCGGACUGGUUAAAACCAGUUUGUAAACCCAGUGUUCAGAAGUCAAAUGUCAGAUCCUUCCUCAGUCUACUCUGCAUCAGCACAACACCUGGAAACCUCAUCAGCCAAUCAGAGCUCCUCAACCUGGACAGGCAUGAAUCUUUUCAGCUGUUUGUAAGAAGAAAUCAGAAAGAACAACACAGGAGAUAAAGCAGAUCUCUGUGCUGCUACAGACACAUCAUCCCAUUGACCUUGUGUCUGGGGUUUUUCUAUUUGAGAAGAAGUCUUUUUGGUCUGCUGAGGUUGACUCUGCGAUGGUUCGGCACAGUAAACUUCAGAAGCAGGUCCUCGCUCUGUACCGACAGUUCCUGCGUGCCGGUCAGGACAAACCGGGCUUCAUCCCUCGAACGGACGAGUUCAGAGAGAACGGCAUCAAGAAGACGGACGUGAUGCACAUCGAGUAUCUGUACCGACGAGGACAGAGGCAGCUGGAGCAGCUGAAGGACGCCAACACCAAACAGCUGGGGUCGUUCUCUAAACCCGGGGACAAGAGCUGACCUCUCACAUAGAUGACGCCAUCAUGGGACCCUGAACGAUGCCAACGAAUACCUCUCAAAGACUUGGAUACUGUGACUGAGAUGCUGCGUUCAUGUUCAGAAGAAAAUAAACGCUCAAUGUGGAGUAACUGAAGUCAUUAACAUAAAAAAGCAUGUUACAACAGCUGUAAUACAGCAAGUGAAAACGUUUUCUUUGACUGUUUAGAUGUGUAAAAUAAAUAAACUUCAUGUUGACAGAAGACAAUAAAAUCUGUGAUGUAAAUAGAUGGCAGCUUUGUAAAACACUUUAAAAACAGCGGUUCACUGAGUGAUUUGACAUUUGAAGAAAACUUCAGAACAGAACAUAAAAACCAGAACAAAAGGCCGGCUAAC